GUUCCCGGGGGUGGCAGUCCCGCCUUGUGCGCUGUUCGGUGCCGGUCACGUGGGGACGGCGCGGUGACGUACCCGGCCCGGCUCGGCUCGGCUCAGCAUGGCGGACGCGGCCUCGCAGGUGCUGCUGGGCUCCGGCCUCACCGCGCUCUCGCAGCCGCUCAUGUACGUCAAGGUGCUGGUGCAGGUGGGAUAUGAGCCGCUUCCUCCGACCCUGGGCAGGAAUAUGUUUGGGCGACAGGUUUACCAGCUGCCGGGGCUCUUUGCGUACGCUAAGCACAUUAUGAAGAUAGAUGGAAGAGCCGGACUCUUCAAAGGUUUGACUCCCAGACUCUGCUCGGGCGCCAUCGGCACCAUUGUGCACAGCCAGGUGUUACAGCGAUACCAGGAAGCUGACCAGGAGGAGGAGCCUGGGGCCAGCCUCAAGGAGCCCGUGUCCUCGCUGGAGCAGGUCAUCAAGGAGACCUCCCGAGAGAUGGUUGCUCGUUCUGCCGCGACACUCGUCACCCAUCCCUUCCACGUGAUCACGCUGAGAUGCAUGGUGCAGUUCAUUGGCAGGGAGACCAAGUACAGUGGCAUCUUCAGCCCCUUUGUCACCAUCUACCGGGAAGAGGGCAUCCUGGGCUUCUUUGCGGGGCUCGUUCCCCGGCUGCUGGGCGACGUGCUGUCGCUGUGGCUCUGUAACAUGCUGGCCUACCUCAUCAAUACCUAUGCACUGGAGAACGGGGUAGGCCCCUGCAGCAUUGUGCUGGUAGCUGCCCAGGGUGUGGGGCCUGGAGGCAAACGGAGUUCAGGGGGUCUGAGGGGUGACCCGCUCAGCCCGGGAAGGUCCCAUCUCCACUGGGCCUGGCCUACGCUCCCCUUUGUGUGCUACUCUCCCAACGCCUGGCCGGGGAGCCUGUCCUAGCAGUGUCCGCGACCCGCGUGGGGGCAG